CAAUUCGCGCUGGUGACGGCUAACCAUCAAUUGGCUCCACGUUCAAAACACAGUUGGCUGUUGCGGAUGAAAAAAAUCGCCCGAUGCCUUGAUAAAUUGACAAGUGAUCGAUCAUCUGACUACGGUUGAGGCGGUUCGUAGAGCUCGGCCAGCCAGCUUCGCGGCUGAAAACCCCCGCGAUCCCAGACGAAGAUCGAUAGACGAUCGAUCGUUUUUCCGUGAGGCACGUUACUUUCACACGUCGUUCAUUUCCCCGCGAUCGUUCGUUUAAUUUCCGUUAAAUCGCGCCAGUUAUCCCGCCGCGAGACUCGACACCAUGAUCACUCUGCAGUCUCACAAUCAGGUGUUGUACCAUCUGACACAACUGACGUUAGCAGUGACUCCUAGAACGUCGUAUUCGAACCAGGUUAAGAAACGGGAUGAACAUAAAACCACUGAUGAUAUCUGCCCGAAUAGCCUCGAGGAGGCAACAAAGAAUUGCUCACAGUUACUGGAAAUAAUUCCACUAACUGCUUUGACUCCGUUAAAAAUGAAGGAGAAUAAGGUAUGCGUAUUGCUGGAUAACGCAGCUCUUAGCUUAUUUAGAAGACCUUUGGAAGAGAACAAUAAAUGGAAAGUGUCUUACUUAUCCGGCCUAAGCUUUACCGAAAACAAACAGGGCUUCCUCUACCAUCCACUAAAGGAGCCCAUUGUCUUACCUGUUACUCAUUUAGCAUCAAAACAACGUAGACUGUUGCACACGUGGUAUGUCAAGACGUCACACUGCAGUGACAUGCAAAUUCGCACGUUCAAGUCCCAGCGCAGCAUAAAGAUGGAACUGGAGCGAAAUCCAACUGUCAUAAGCAGGAUAAAGAAGUGGCUUGGCCUGUCCUCUAAUUUUCAUGUGGGUUUGAUGCACGAAGGGAAGAGUUCAGAUUAUGAAAAGCUGAAACAGGUCCUCAACAAUACCGAAGCAACGGCGGACGAGCAGAAGAGAAUAAAAAUUGCCUUCGUAGAAGGCUACGAAUCCGGAGUGCAGCGUCAGAUGCGAGGUCGAACGAUGUGGCUGAAGGUCCUGCAAAAUAUAAUAACUGCCUCCGCGGUCAUCCUUGUACUCUGGCUUUAUCUUAGCUACCCAGGAGGUGGGAUAUUCAAGCUUCCUAUGAGCCACAGGAUCGAAAUUGACCCUGAAGACAUCAGCGUCACUUUCAACGACGUUAAGGGGGUGGACGAGGCGAAACAAGAGCUCCUGAAUGUCGUGGAAUUCUUGAAGAAUCCCGGGAAGUUUUCCGCCCUGGGCGGAAAGUUGCCAAAGGGAGUAUUGUUAGUCGGUCCACCUGGGACAGGAAAAACCCUGUUGGCCCGUGCGGUCGCUGGAGAAGCUGGUGUACCGUUCUUCCAUGUGGCGGGUCCUGAAUUCGACGAGAUCCUGGUUGGUCAGGGUGCCCGACGUGUUAGAGAUUUGUUCAGAGCAGCGAAGGAGAAGGCGCCGUGUGUAGUAUUCAUCGACGAAAUCGACUCCGUGGGUGCGAAAAGAACGAAUUCCGUUCUUCAUCCUUACGCAAAUCAGACGAUCAAUCAGUUACUUUCCGAAAUGGACGGCUUCCGGCAAAACGAAGGUGUCAUCGUCCUCGGUGCCACGAACAGACGUAAGGACCUCGACAAGGCGCUGAUGCGUCCUGGUCGCUUCGACGUUGAGAUUUACAUCAACAAGCCUGAUUACUUCGGCCGCAAGGAGAUAUUGGACCUUUACCUAUCCAAGAUAUUGACACACGAGAUCGAUACGGUUUACCUAGCACGUUGCACCACAGGUUUCACGGGAGCUGAUAUUGAGAACAUGAUAAAUCAAGCUGCGUUACGCGCAGCAAUCGACGAGGCGGAUUGUGUAACCAUGAAGCACCUCGAGUACGCUAGAGACAAGGUACUGAUGGGCCCUGAAGGCAAGCUGAAGAUGCGCGACGAAGAAGUCAACCGUAUCACGGCGUUCCACGAAGCAGGGCAUGCUCUAGUGGCGUUUUUUACAAAGGAUGCUACGCCGCUUCACAAAGUCACCAUCGUGCCACGAGGGCCGACGUUAGGUCACACCUCUUAUAUGCAUGAGAAGGACGUUUACCACGUUACGAAGUCGCAGUUGCUAGCCAACAUGGACGCGAUGAUGGGCGGUAGAGCUGCGGAGGAAUUGAUAUUUGGGCCGGAGAAAGUAACAACAGGAGCUUCUUCCGAUCUGGCCGGAGCGACGAAGAUCGCGGAGAUGAUGGUGAAGAAUUACGGGAUGUCGGAGAAAGUGGGAUUUAGAUCAAUAGUGGAAAAUAAGAAAUUGUUUAGUAACGAUAACUCGUACGCGCCCAGCACGAACGAGGUCAUCGACAACGAAGUGAAGCGGCUUUUGCAGGAAUCGUAUGAACGAGCGAAAUCGAUUCUGAAAACCCAUGCAAAGGAGCACAAGCAACUGGCGGAAGCCUUGUUGCAAUAUGAAACGUUGGACGCGGAGGAUGUGGCUGCUAUAGCGAACGAAACCGGAUUCAGUAAACGGGAAUCGUCAACGGAUACUAAAAAAACAACAAGAGGAUCUUAAUGCGAGCACGAUCACUCGGG